CGCGUGGCGUGCGCAAGCGCAGUAGAAGGAGGAUGGCCGCGCGCUGCCAGCCCAUCCCCCCUCUUCUCGAAGCUCGGUGGCACAGCUGGGCCACAGCUGGGCCGGGGCGGUGCCUCCGGGUGGCCCAUUCGCCCUCCUAUUGGCCGGACGCCAAGGCCCCGCCCUGUAGCUUUUCCUCCCCCAACCCUGAUUCGUCCGCUUCGCAGCCCGCUAGCUCCUCCCAGACCUUCGGCCGCCUCCACUCGCCUUCGGAUUGGCCCGCUGCGCAACCUCCUGCCCACUACGCAAACCGCGGACUGCGGAGUCCAGAACUUUGGGCAGAUGGAGGACCUUUUAUUCGCGAGGGUCGGGGGUGGGGUCCUAGGUGGGGACAGACAAUAAAUACCGAGGACUAUCGGGGUCUCAGUGCAUCCAAAACGUGGAUUGGGGUGUUCGGGGUCCUGCAGCCUGUCAGCGAGUCGGAGGACGAGGUCAAUAAAUAUCCAAACCGCCGAAGCAGUCAGAGCCGGCUCGGGCUCCGAGAGCAGCGCACGUCUGCCGUUUGCCCAUCCACGUCAGGGCCUUAGCCUGGCCGAAAGAAGUGGUCUGCGAUCCCCCACCAGCAGCAGCAGCAGCAGCAGCAUUCCCGGCUACAAGGUCCCCUCGAGCCCCGUUCGCCG